AGGUAUAUGGAUGGACAUAACAAAACUAAAACAGGUGCAACCGCCAAGCCUUUAUCGCGUAUAAUUGCAUAUUGAAUUGUUUUCCAAUUUGUACGCAUAGUUGGAAUUGAAAACAAUGUGUUUCGAAUAAAGUUUUUACUGGUUUUGCCCAGGUGAAAUUAAUUCGACAAAGAAACUUCAAGUUUCCAUUAGAGUUCCACCUACAUAAGUCAUUGCCCUAAAUAAAAUGACAAAGUCUACAGCAUUGGCAAAGUGCUUCAUACUUUUGGCAAUCUGUGUUACCAGCACAGUCUCCAUCCGUUGCUAUCAAUGUUCGUCGGACGAGGACAAGAGCAAAGGGGAAGAUCAUUGCGGAGUUUACAGCAAAUUCGACAAGGACUAUCACGUUCCCGUGGACUGUCAGGGGGAUGAGAGUUACACUCCGGGGACAUUUUGCGUCAAACUAACCCAGCAAAGUCCGAGGGGAUUUAUUUGGGAUGGGAGAUGGCGUCAAGUGAUUCGUCGAUGCGCGAGUGUGGCUGACACGGGUGUGACCGGGGUGUGCAACUGGGGCGUGUACGAGAACGGGGUUUACUGGGAGGAGUGCUACUGCUCCACUGACGCCUGUAAUUCGUCGGAUAAAAUCUCACUGAACAUCUCAACCAUUUUGGUGUAUUUAUUUGUUACGAUUUUAGCAGGGUUUAGGGCAUGAACAUGAAGUAACUGCUUUUAUAAUAUUGUUAUUUGAUGUGCUGGUAAGGGUAAUUGUAGUACCGGUGAAAAAUCGAGUUUUAACUGCCAUACGUGAAAUUAACAUGCGAUGAUAAUGCUUACAUGACGAAUUUAAGAAAGUUUUAGUAUUUAUGAUAAUCUCUGCUCUCUAAGGAUAAUCUCUGAUUCAUGGAUACUGAAAAUGGAUCUUCUCUCUAACGUUGACUAUCUCACUAAUAGAAAUUUAGCAUGAUGCUGAUGUUUUUGUAUUUUUAAAUUUUUGUAUGUACAUAUGUACACAUAUAAUGUGCAUGUAAUAAAAUUUUGACAUCAACAACUUUUAACAUCAA